AUGUCGCUGGAAAAAGUCUCGGCCAACCGCGUCGCCAACGGCGUCCUGACAAAGUACAAGUUCCCCUCGACGUCGUUGGGCCUUGACACCAAUGUCAACGUCUACGUUCCGGACGGUGCGGACAAGUCGCCCGUCCCAGUCCUGUUCUACCUCGCCGGCCUGACAUGUACCGAAGACACUGGAGCGCAGAAGGGCGGCCUGUUCAACAUGGCCGGCAAACACCGCAUUGCCCUCGUGUUCCCUGACACGUCUCCUCGCGGAGCGGGCGUCGAGGGCGAGGACGACGACUGGCAACUUGGCACUGGCGCGGGAUUCUACAUCAACGCAAACAACCCAAAGUGGAAGCAUUACAACAUGUACGACCUUGUGGCCAAGGAACUUCCCGAUGUACUGUCAAAGGCUGGACUCGGGCUCGAUAUGUCCCGCCUCUCAAUUACAGGACACAGUAUGGGCGGACACGGCGCGCUCAGUCUAUACCUCAAGGACCCGGCGCGGUUUAAGAGUUGCUCAGCCUUUGCACCGAUUUGUAACCCGUCGGUGGUGCCGUGGGGUCAGGGCGCGUUUAGCAAUUACCUGGUCGCCAAGACGAAGAGUAGCCCGCCGGCCGAGUGGCUUGCGCACGACGCAUCGCACCUCCUCGCCGCGUCACAGGCUGAGAAACUCAACAUCCUCGUUGACGUAGGCACCGACGACCAGUUCCUCAAGGCUGGCCAACUUACCCCCGAAGCACUCGAGGCCGCUUAUGAAGAGAGGAAGAAGAGCAGGAAGAGUGACGACUUUACCCUUCGCCGCCAGGAGGGCUACGACCACUCGUAUUACUUCAUCUCGACCUUUUCGCCGGAGCACGUCGAGUUCCACGCAAAGUACCUCAAUGCGUGA